CAAGCCUCUGUGCAUCACAGAACAGCCGCAAAGUUCCAACAUAUAAACCAAGUUCCAGAACUACCCCAGUGCGCAGUUUGUGAUAGCGGUUGUGGUGCUUAUACUGCGAAAGUAUUCACAGCCAAAACCGCUGAGUUGAAGCGCACAGACAUCAUCUGUGAUUGGCGGUUACGUCAAGGCCGGAAUCUGAGGAAAGCGAGGCAAGAUGCCAGUUACACUGACGCCAGACAAUGCCUCUGCUACGCUUAAGGUAGCUGCUUUGGCUGCGCUGGUCGCAGUCGGCUGGGUGGAGCUGAAGCCUAGAACUACGCGGAUCAUCGGCCACACGCGAGGAGUCACACUUCUUGACCUCGCACAUUUUGUUUUGUCACUCGUGACUGUGUUCCUCUACGUGGCGAAGUCUUCUAUUCUCUGGCCACACAGUGUGCUCUAUCCUCUGGAUGAAGUGGCCGUGCUGAACGUAGCUGCAUGCGACUGCGUCGCGGCGAUCACUGUCGCCAUCGUCUUUUUGGCAUCUCUACAAAGGUUCUUCUGCGCGCAGUACUCGUCGUCGUACAUGUUCCUUAUUGUGGCCAUGGUUUUCACGGCAUCGGUCACAGAUUUCUGCAAGUUUGAAACAAGUCUCGCAACCUUAGAGUCCGUUUCAGAUGGCGAUUUUAGGAUAAGCCUCGUUGUCCUGAAUACCCUGCUGCUUUGUAUCACUGCUGGCAACCUUGUUGCGACAGGCCUGCGGGACACCCUUGUUUACAAUCAACGAUCAGGAAAGUUCCAAAUGACUGAAGAAGAAGAGUCAUAUUCACCAUUAGGCCUCUUCAUCUGCAGUCCCAUUCACAGAAACCUCAAGAAUAUUCUGGGGAGAUCCGUCACCAGAGUUCAGGAACUUAUUAAGCCAAGCCUUCACAGUUUGUGUGCAAGAACGGUAGGCAAGCUGUACAGUGUGGUGCCAAAGAGUGAGGUCCCCGGAAGCAAGCGGCGUUUCAUGUUGGGACUACUUCGUGUUACGUGGCGUGAUUUGGUGUGGAUUCUUUGCUCUGGCUUCGCCUACUACCUUGUUGUCAUCGGAAGGGCCCUGGUACUGGAGUCUCUGAUUGCGGGAACGUCGAGCAUGAUGUCCAUGGUGCUCCUCUUCGCGAUCUCUUGCCUUGCAGAUGCAGCUCUCACGUGCUACAUGAACCACAAUGCACUGCGGUUUACAGAGAAAGUACAGGUGCUGACUCAAGGCGCAAUUCUACGAAGGGUGCUCAACUACUCUCCGGCGGCACGCGCAAAGGUUUCCUCCGGAUACAUCGUGUCUGUGAUGGGCGUUGAUUGUACGAUUCUAGCGUUCAGUGCCCAGCUCAUUCUCUUGCCUCUGUCGGGCCUGCUCAGCUUGCCAAUUGCCCUCUACAUGCUUACGACUCGAGUUGGCCUGGGCCCAGGACUGAGCUGCGCGUCGGUACUAUUCGCCGCACUGAUUGGAUUUUGGAUUGCGGUGAUGUCGUACUACAGCCUACAGUGUCGCAGUAUGAAGCUUCGCGACGACCGACUGAAGAGCAUGCUCGAUCUGCUCAGUUCCAUACGGACCGUGAAGAUGUACGCUUGGGAACAAAGUCAUCUCGACUCCCUCAAGCGCCUUCGAGAGCGAGAGUUAAAGCAUGUUCUCAGAGUCAACACAUCAUCAAUGGAACCGUCGAUGCCGUGUACAGUGCCCUGAGU